AUGACCGUCACCUACACGUCCCGCGUGGCCACCGCGCGCUUCGGGGGCUUCUCGCGGCUGCUGCUGCUGUGGCGCGGGAGCAUCUACAAACUGCUCUACCGGGAGCUGCUCCUCUUCCUCACCGCCUACCUGGGGCUCAGCCUGGCCUACCGGUUCCUGCUGUCCGAGGAGCAGCGGCGCCUCUUUGAGAAGCUGGUGCUGUACUGCGACAAAUCGGCCGAGCUGAUCCCCGUGUCCUUCGUGCUCGGUUUUUACGUGGCGCUGGUGCUGGAGCGCUGGUGGGGGCAGUUCCGGACGGUGCCGGCCCCGGACGGGCUCAUGGUGGCCGUGGGCAGCAGCGUGAGGGGCUCGGACCGCGGGGGGCGGCUCCUGCGCCGGACGCUGCUGCGCUACGGGAGCCUGGCGGCGCUGCUGGUGCUCAGGGCGGUCAGCACGCCCGUGUACAAGAGAUUUCCCACCACUGACCACCUGGUACAGGCCGGGUUCCUGACGCGCGAGGAGCGGCGCCGGCUCGAGGCUCUGCGCUCUCCCUACAACAAGUUCUGGGUGCCCUGCGUGUGGUUCGGGGCGCUGGCGGGGCGGGCGCGGCAGGAGGGGCGCAUCGGGGACGACUGCGCGCUCAAGCUGCUCAUGGAGGAGCUGAACCGGUUCCGGGCCCACUGCAGCCUCCUGUUCCACUACGACUGGAUCAGCGUCCCCCUGGUGUACACACAGGUGGUGACCAUCGCCGUUUACACCUUUUUCCUCACCUGCCUGGUGGGGCGGCAGUUCCUGGACCCCGCCCAGGGCUACCCCGGGCACGAGCUGGACCUGGGCGUGCCCGUGUUCACCCUGCUGCAGUUCUUCUUCUACGUGGGCUGGCUCAAGGUGGCAGAGCAGCUCAUUAACCCCUUCGGGGAGGAUGACGACGACUUUGAGACCAACACCCUGAUCGACCGCAACUUCCAGGUGUCCAUGCUCGCCGUGGACGAGCUCUACGGGGGGGUCCCGGAGCUGGAGCGGGAUCGGUUCUGGACCCGCCGUUCCCCGCCCCCCUACACGGCCGCGGCCGCGCCCCCCCCCGCGCCGCCCCUUCCGCGGCUCCGCCUUCGACGUCACUGUGAGCACCCUUUUCACCCCAAACCCCGCGAUUUCGCCUCCCCCUCCCCAUCCCCGAUGUCGGCCUCGCUCAGCACCACGGCGCGGAGCCUCUCCCGGUGCAGGCGCUCGUUCCGCUCCGAGCGGAGCUCUCCGGGCUCCAUCCUCCGCAGCGCCUCCGGCAGCUUCCCGAACUCCUCCUCGUUGAUGUCGCAGUCCCGCAGCGCCGCCUCCAGCAGCCACCAGCGCCCCAAAAACCCCAAAUCCAGCAGGAACUCGCGGUCCCACGGCCGCGGCCGCAGGUGCGGGCAGCGCGCCCGGUACAGCGCGGGCUCGGAGCCGUGCGGGUCCGUGCCGGCCACGGCCACGAUGCCGAAGUUGCGGACGCGGAUCCGGUGCCGCUCCCGCAGCCGCAGCAGCCGCUGCACGUGGCGCUCGGCCCGGGGGCUGCGGGAGCCCGGCGGGAGCUGCCCCAGGAGCGCCCCCGCCGCCACGGCCGCGCCCUCCAGGGAGCUCCGGUCCGGUACCGAGCGGGCCAGGCCGGUAGCGAGAGCCAGAGCGGCCAGGGAGGCGGGCCGUGACACCGGGGCGGCGGCGGGCGGAGGAGGCGGCUUCGCGCAGCGACGAGGAGUAAUCGCGGAGGAGGGCGCGGAGCCACAGAGCUGCGGGAUAUAA